GUGUCAUCUGCUGCUGUCUACAAGUUUCAAAAAUGAGACGAAGAUUAGAAUGAUUAGAAGAAGCAAAAGAGAAUGAUGACAUUCAAAUUCAGCUGAAGAAUGUAUGGACAAGAGAGACCUGCUGCCACACCGGCACCUCCUCGUUUUAUUGAAAACCGAGUCUUUGUUGGAUUUUAACUCGUCAAUGUCUGUCGAUUCACUGUCGGCAACUGCGUGAUAACCGAAGUUGCGCUGGCUAGCCCAAUUUAAACUUGGGAAAUUCAAUUAAAUGCAACGAAGCUCAGUACUUAUUCCCUGGAAGUUUUCGUGCAACUUCCCCGUGAACUUCUGGUACAACGUCAGCCCCGGAGAAUGCAGUGCGAAAACAUAACCACGAAUUUUACGUUUCAAGCAGUUGUAUUAGUGCUACAACACUUGUGGAUGGAUCCAGUUGUGUAUUAGACGAACAACUUGACAUUUCCGCUAUGGUUUCUUCAUUAACGAUACUUUAUCGCUGGUUGAUUAUUCCCAUAGUGAUAAUAAAUCAUGUUGCAGCAGAAAAUAUGACACUUCCCUUCAAGAACAGAAUGAAAGAUGUGCAUUUGAAGUUUGCAGUAUUUCAUUCACCGCCAUUUAACUUGGUUACUUUUAAACCUGACGGAAACUGCACUCAUGCCGGCCCCACUGCAAUUCUUAUGGAUUGGCUUGCGGAAAAACUCAAAUUCACAUUUUCUUACAGGUGCCUCAACCAUGCGAUAAGCGAGAAAUAUGGGAACCCCAUCGGACAUUCUAUUAAUCUCACAUCAAACAAAGAAGUCGACGGAGUAGCAGUAGCUUUUGUUCCCACCCUGGAUCGGAAAAAAAAUGUGGAUUUUAGUUAUUUCGUUUGGUCGGAAUAUUUUGCAAUGGUAGUGCCUCAACCAGGGGAAGAGACUCGGAUUUUUGCCUUCAUUCGGCCGUUUCAGUCAACGGUGUGGUUGUUCAUCUUCAUAACUAUCGUCGUCAUGGUGACUUUGAUGACUUUUUUCUCGAGAACUUAUUCGAAGUACAUCACUGUUAAUGUGCUGGCUACCAACAAAGGAUUGACAACGUUUGGGCGUGCCAGUAAUUAUUUAAUGUACAUCUUCAACAUUAUGACAAAUCAAGGGGGUGCAAUUUCUGGUGAUCGCUUUUCGUUCAGACUUCUAAUUGGAGUGUUGCUGUUAGUCGCCAUGGUCUUGGUUAAUAGUUAUUCCAGCACCAUCGUUUCCUAUCUGACGGUCUCCAAACUGAAACCUCCCAUUAACACAUUCGAAGACCUCGCUGCUAGCGACGACGUCGACCUCCUUGUCAAAAUUGAUACUUAUGUUGGAUAUGAGAUAUUGGGAGCAAAUUCUGGCGUUCUCAAGACCCUAGCGGACAAGGCUCGGCAGAAUCCUGAUCGGCUCUCGACAGACCAAUUGAAAAUCGAUGCUAAACUAGGAACUGGCCGUUUCGCUUAUGCCUGGCUUCAAACGUACUGCAAGUACUUCGUCAUCAGUCAAUAUAGAAAAGACGGAACUUGCCGUUUUCGUAUGUCCGACCCUCUACCUUUCAAUUUAGGAUUCUGGUCACUUAUUCUACAAAAGGACAGCCAAUACAAGUCAGCAAUUGACAGCGCUUUGAUUGAGCCCUGGGAAACUGGAAUGCUAUUGUUUUGGAUGAAAAACGCAAUUCCACGAGCGCCAAAGUGCUUCGCUAAAACAAAACCGAGAGCGAAUUCGGCGGGUCAAAUGGCCAUUAAAUCCCGAGACCUGGUGGCUCCUUUCGUCAUUUUAGGCAUUGGUUUGGGCCUUGCUACUGCGCAUUUUAAAGGAGUGACGAGCAAACGGAUGACGGUAGUGGAGCGCAGUGCAUUUACGCUAUUUCGUCUAUUAGUUUUGCCUUAG